GAAGCUUAAAUGCUUUGUGAGCUUCUGGCAACACCGCUCCCGGCUAAUAAAAAAGCAUCUGACAAUUUGUCACGGUCAUUUUCAUACACGUACUCGCUAGACGUCAAAUGCAUUUAUGGUAAUCAUCUAGACUUUCACCGGCAUCGGUAACUUGUUUAUUUGUUCCCGUUUCCCGUCAUUUUACGGUGGCCUCCCUUUUGGUGUAGACGUGUUGGAACCGCUGCAAUUUCCUUCAAAAAUGGCCAAAAUUCACUGCGGCCCCGUUGUGGACAUCCUAGGGGAUGAAAUGACUAGAAUUAUCUGGGAUUCCAUCAAAGAAAAACUGAUCCUGCCUUACUUGGACAUUGACCUGAAAGUGUACGAUCUGGGGAUCGAAAACAGGGACAAAACCGAAGAUAGGGUCACUGUAGAUUGUGCUGAAGCUAUUAAAAAAUACAACGUCGGCAUUAAGUGUGCAACAAUCACACCGGAUGAGAAACGGGUGGAGGAAUUCAAAUUAAAACAGAUGUGGAAAUCCCCUAACGGCACAAUCCGUAACAUCCUGGGCGGCACCGUGUUUCGCGAAGCCAUCAUCUGCCAGAACAUCCCUCGUCUGGUGACGGGCUGGACGAAGCCAAUCAUCAUCGGCCGUCACGCGCACGCCGACCAAUACAAAGCGACGGAUUUCGUCGUGCCAGGGGCGGGCAAAUUGGAAAUGGUGUACACGCCUCAGGGAGGCGGGGAAUCGCAGAGGUACACGGUGCAUGAGUAUAAGGGCGCUGGAGUAGCUAUGGGAAUGUUCAAUACUGACGAGUCGAUAAUAGCGUUCGCACAUUCAUCUUUCAAAUACGCCUUGGACAGAGCUUACCCGUUGUACCUCAGCACAAAGAACACUAUUUUGAAGAAAUAUGAUGGACGGUUCAAAGACAUCUUCCAGGAUAUUUACGACAGAGAAUACAAGCCUCAGUUCGAAGCUAAAGGCAUAUGGUACGAGCACAGACUGAUUGACGAUAUGGUAGCCUAUGCUAUGAAGAGCGAAGGUGGAUUCGUAUGGGCAUGUAAAAACUAUGACGGAGACGUACAGUCCGACUCUGUAGCGCAAGGAUAUGGAUCUCUAGGUCUGAUGACCUCAGUGCUAAUUUCUCCAGACGGCAAGACAGUAGAAGCGGAAGCAGCUCACGGCACCGUGACCAGACACUACAGGAUGUACCAACAAGGCAAAGAAACGUCUACCAAUCCGAUUGCGUCUAUUUUCGCGUGGACCAGAGGCCUGAUGCACAGAGCCAAGUUGGAUAAUAAUGCGCAGCUGGAUAAGUUUGCUCAUACACUGGAGAAGGUGUGCGUGGACACUAUCCAGUCCGGUUUCAUGACCAAAGAUCUGGCGAUCUGCAUAAAGGGUAUGAGCAAAGUCCAAAGAUCAGAUUACCUGGAGACGUUCGAGUUUAUGGACAAAUUAGCCGAGAAUUUGAAGAAGAAAAUGGCCGAAGUAUGAAGAUGAAAUUACGAUGCAAGGGCGGAUCUUGAAGGUUUUUAUGGUUGAGGGUUUAUAAAUGUGUAUAUGAUAAUAUUAGGCACACAGUACUGGAAAAACUAUAAAAUCAUUUCAAGUGUAUGUAGCCAAAAGUCUUCGUUGGCCAAUAGGCUUUUCUACAGGAUCGUACAUUUAUGACCAAGGGAUCAUUUUUUAGACGAUUGAAAAAUCAUAGCAUACUUUUUAUGCCAAAUGACGCGAUUAAUUAUCACAUAACUAAAAGUUUUGACAUUAAAAUUGACAUAUUUUUUACAUAUUUUUUGCAAUCUCUGUUCUAUUUGCUGUUUUCUACAGGUCCGCCCUUGGUUUUUAUAAGUUUUUUGUUGCUUUUAAUGUGUUUCUGUUUUGUUAGGUGUGUAAGUGCAAGAUGUGAAACAGACGGUAUUUCAUGAUGAGUAUUUCUUAAUAAACAUGUAUGAAAGUCUAAAAUGGCCACCUACCUUUUGGUGGAGUGUACUGAAUAUUGUUGAUG